AUGGCGCUGAAAAUGGAAACCAAUCGAAUGAAGCAGCAAUCGAUUUCGGAACUGCUUCAACCACUAAUGGUCAAAGUUACAAAUAACUCCGAUUUUAUGGCGUUAAACCACAUGGCUAACCUCAUCGAUCUUAGUGAAAUAAACCGAAAAAUCAACAGCCAACAAUACGUCAGUUUCAACGCAUUUCUCGUGGACAUCAAGACCAUGUUUCACAACGCUUGCUGCACCAGUAAUGAGCAACACAAAAUUAGAACGUAUAAGUUGGAAAUUUUCUGCACAAAGGAAAUCGAAAACAUCUCAAGCUGUGCUGAUUGUUAUAAAAACAUGCACAUCAAACCGAAUCAAUGGCAGUCGUUGGCAUGCAGCCGUCCGCAUCUAGUUUUAUGGGUAGAACUAAAGCGUGGUUGCUACUAUUGGCCAGGCGAAAAGGGCUACAGUUAUUGGCCAGCGAAAUUGAUAUCGAUUGGUCGGAAAAACGUUAAAGCCAUCUACUUUUCUGGUUCAGAAUUCGUUGAAAUCCCCCGAAGCAAUUGUUUCAUCUUCUCGACAAAUGAACCAACAUCAUUGAAAUCGUUCAGAUCAUUGCCGAAUCCGAAAGAUAUGCUGGAAGUGUUGGAAAUGGUGAAUUCAUAUGGGCAGAAUAUCAAAGACAAAUUCGGCCGUUUCGAAAGCACAUUGGAAUGUGUUUGCUUCGGGCAGCUUGAUGCACAUAUGCGAGCCAUGUUUCCUGAAUAUACUGGUAGCUCAUUGGAUGCUCAGAACUAUUAUGAAACCAUUGACGAAGCAACGAGUUCUAACGAUGACGAUGACAUCGAGUCCGAUGAUUCGGAUGAGUACGACACAUCCAACCAAACCGAUAGGCUUGAUGAAUUCGAUGAAACUCGCAAAAAUGGUGCAAAUGAUAACGAUGAAGCGGCUCCAUCAAGUAAUGAAUCCGAUGAAAUUCCAACGAAAAGACAACGUCUUGAAUCGAAUAUUGAAAGAGAAUUCCUUGAAAUCACCGGUCUGCUUCAACGAAGCAUGGAGAAAGUGAAGAAGAUUGCAUCGGUUUCUGACAAUACAAACAGGUUGAUGAAUCGAAAAAUGCGCCAAGAAUUGGGAAAUUUGAAAAAAUUACAUGGUGAAUGUCAGGCACAGAAUGAUGAUCUACGUGAUCGGUUGAAGACUGCAUCCGAUGAGCGUGAUCAAUCCAAAACCGAGGCUGCCAAAAUACAAGCGAAGCAUAACGAAGAAAUUACAGCAUUGAAGCGCUGCCUACCGGACUAA